AUGAAUGCCAACAUUGAGGAGUUACAGGGACGUCUAGCGGCGGCAGAGGAACGUGUAAAAAAGAUAACACGGCUUAUGUUGCGUUCGGUAUGGCAAUACGUCAUACAGCACCGUUCACCUCUUGCAGCUCCGCAGACUACCCUUAAUAUGGAUGCCGGUGAUGCAAAAGGUUUGAAAACUAUAGUAUCACAUCAGCAGAAUAGACGGAGCGGAAAAAAAGUAACGCAAGAAAAAAAAUCCAAUAAUAGAGUCGUAGAUCAAGCAAGAUUGAGUCGAGAACUGUAUCGUACAGCUUUUGGAGCGGCUCGCCAGGAGAUAGAAGAUGAAAUAAUAACUGUAGAUUUGAAGAAAGAAAACGAGAGUGAUGGUGUUCCAUCUGUAGCCUUACUUUUACUACAGUCUUCCCGUGAACGAGCCAUCAUGCAUGUAUUUCUAUUACGACUUCGUUUAACAGUUUGUAGACGACGUUUUCUUGAUACCGAGUGUAAGAUUCGGUAUGACUACUAUAGACUUCGACGUACACUUCGUGCGUGGCAUAGUUACACAUGUGAGGUUGCAUGCAGGCGUCGAAGGAUCAUUUAUACCGUUUUGAAUCACUGGAUGGGACUUGUUGAGUGUCGUCGGGUCCGUUAUGAGCGCCUGUGCCGAUUUCGCCUCGGCUUGGCGGAAAGACGACGUGCGUUUGAUCGGGUGCGGUGGAUGCGAAUGCGGCGGUGUUUUGUGCACUGGCGCCAUCGUCUGGACGAUCGCCGUCUGUGGGGCGGCCCGACAACCGACGGCGCUCUGAGUCGAGAAGGGGAGAAGAGGGCGACGGAGAAGCAGAAGGAGAGAAGACUGCGAUUUCUCUUCGCGUACUGGCGUCGGCGGGUGGAGCGGCGGCUGGACACUCGUCUCGCGGCGCUCAUCGCCACCCGAUCGCUGCUGCGGCGUUCGUGGGAGAAACUCUGCCGUCGCUCUCGUGCCCGCGUGUUGGGUCCACGCGAACCGCCUUGUGUACAUGUGGAAUCAACAUCAAUGGAACUUGUUGGGUUUAAGGUGCAAUGUGCUCAACAAGUAGCGCGGGGAAAUUUAAAGAGAUGUGUGUUUGUAAAGUGGCGUAGAUGUUAUCGGUGUAGAGUGGCAGAUCGAUUUUAUAUCUUUUCUCGCCGUGUCCGUGUUCUGGAGACGUGGCUUCAAGCACUUCGUCGGAAACGUGUGGCACAAGUAGUUUUGGGUGCUUGCUGGUGUCGUUGGCGUCAACGAUAUCAUCAACGAUUACAUUAUAUUGAAGCACAAUAUUGGAGGCAUCGUCGUCUCUUACAGAGUGUUUUAUAUACUUGGACCAAUAAGACCGCUUCUCGCAUUUUCCGAAGUCAACAUUUAUUACAAUUAUGCUAUCACAGAUGGUGGCAACGUGCAAUAUUGCAGAGAACUCAAAGAGAACUGAGUGUUGGUGUCAAGAAGCGUGCGUUCCUCGCCUGGCGUGAUGUGGCCGUACGUGAGAAGGAAUAUCGUACCAUGAUGUGUCUUGCAGAAACACUUCGUGAAUUGGUGCUCUUGAUGGGAUGCUUUCGUCGGUGGAAAAGGCGUCACGAACACGCGUAUCGUGUGCGUCUCUCUGAAAGUGUCUUGAAUGAUUUACGCCGAGAAAAGCAAAGAGCGCAACUGUUUCAACGUUGGAAACGCUUAACAUUUUGGCCACGUAAUACUAACAAGAAAAUUAGUUAG